GCUGCAGACAAAGCAGCUGUUUCACUUUUCUUUUAAUUGGUUACAGUACUGCCUUUUAAGCAGAGACAUUAAGUUUUAUAGGUUAAUAAGGCUAUAGGCCUACCCUUGCACAGACAAGUAUAUGCUGUAAGCAGAGGGACAGUGCUAUCUCUUUAAUCACCAAAGGUCACACUCGAAUGAAUGGGCUUCAAAAAAAAAGUUACAGCGGAUUUGGUAUUUAUAUGUGGCUAAAUCUCCAUGUUGUCUCAGCUCAGUGCCCGGGCUUCUGGCUUUGCACUGUGUUAAACAAGAUUAUGGGAUGGACGGGAUGGGAUGUAGAGCUCUCCCAGCCCAACCACGACGAGAGCAUAUCGCACAUUUGUCGGCUCGGAUACAGCAGCAGCAGCAGCAGCAGCAUCCUCUCAUCCUGUCAUCCUCUCUAAAGCACUGCUUCAGCACAGUCAGUCAGACCGCCGAGGAUGCUGCCGGAGGAUCCAACCCGACAGUCCGAGCCGUGUACUCAUUUCUGCUGAAAUAAGUCCAUCAUCGAAAUGAACCGCGCUGCGAUUUAGACCGGGAUCAGCACCGGAGAGGAGGGGGGUGAAAAAACAACAACAAAAAAACAAAGAAGCUGUAAAACUACAAACUCUCAUCAGCUGCCUCAUUUUCAACUUGAUACCGGAGCACGGAGGGAGUCGUCGGCGCGGAUGCAUCCCUACACUGGCUUUAGAAGUUGGACAGCCGGGAAUGGGAAUGCCAUGACUCUUGACUUCGGACAGAAUUCCCAGCGCAGUGCAGACGCCGUGCAGUGUUUCACAAACCAAAAAGGUGGACUUGUCCUUUUUGUCCAGAUCGCGUGUCUCGGAGGGUGCUAUCUGAUCAACAUGUGGCACUUAAAUAACAGGCACCUUUAGUCUACCUGAGGCAUGGAGGAAUAAGCUAUUGAUCCCCCGAAGAAGAAACCCAUGGGUGCAACUUAUUAUUCACAGUAAUGGAAUGAAGACACUCUCUCGAUAUGAUGGAUGAAAGAUCCAGUAAGCUCAUCUUGGUUCCUAUUUUAGCUGUCCUUUUUGUUAUGAUAGGUUACCAGUACAUAUGUCCCGCUGGAAGCAAUUCGUGCCACUUUAAGGCUGGGGAGAAAUUAAGGGGGGUGAGCCUACUUUCCACCCCGUACCAGGACAGCGACGAUUUCUACAGAGACCAAGACCUGGAGGAUGACAGCCCUCCUAAAGUGCCGUCAAAAUUCAACUUCACUGAGAGAGACCUUGACAGACACGUGGAGUUCAACAUCAAAGGGGACGACGUGAUAGUGUUUUUGCACAUCCAGAAGACCGGAGGAACCACUUUCGGGAGACACUUGGUGAGGAAUAUUCGCUUGGAGCAGCCGUGCGACUGCAAGCCAGGGCAGAAGAAAUGCACAUGUCACCGGCCAGGGAAAGAGGAGUCCUGGCUCUUCUCCCGGUUCUCCACCGGCUGGAGCUGCGGACUGCAUGCAGACUGGACCGAGCUCACGAAUUGUGUGCCUGUCAUAAUGGAUAAGAAGGAGGCCCAGAGGAAUAAAAGGAACUUCUACUACAUCACCAUGCUGCGUGACCCAGUCUCCCGCUACCUGAGUGAGUGGAAGCACGUUCAGCGCGGAGCCACAUGGAAGACCGCCCUCCAUAUGUGCGAUGGACGUUCGCCCACCCAGGACGAGCUUCCCACCUGUUACAAUGGGGAUGACUGGUCCGGUGUCACCCUGACAGAGUUCAUGAACUGCCCAUCCAACCUGGCCAAUAACCGUCAGGUCCGCAUGCUGGCUGACCUGAGCCUGGUGGGCUGCUAUAACCUGUCUUCUAUGAACGAGAGCCAGCGAAACCACAUCCUUCUGAGCAGCGCCAUGAGCAACCUGAAGAACAUGGCUUUCUACGGCCUGACCGAGUUUCAACGCAAGACGCAGUACCUGUUUGAGCGGACGUUCAGCCUGCGCUUCAUCUCCGCUUUCACGCAGAUCAACAGCACGCGAGCCGCCAAUGUGGACCUGAGCGAGCUUGUGCGCAAACGCAUCGAGGAGCUCAACUUCUUGGAUGUGCAGUUGUAUGAGUACGCAAAGGACCUGUUCCUCCAGCGUUUCCAGUUCACCCGCCAGAGGGAGCACCAGGAGGUGCGCUUGAAGAGGCGUGAGGAGAGGCGAUGGCUGAGGGAGCAAAAAGAGCAGGGCAGGCCAUGGGCGCCCAAACACAGAGGGGGUGGAAAUAGAGGCGGAAGAAGGGGAGGAGGGUUGGAGAAAGGUACUGACGGUGACUUUCCAACCACCACUGAGGACUACACAAGCCAAGUGGCCCGUUGGUGAGGCUUUGGUCUUAAGGGAGAGGAGCCAGAGAGAGAUCCCUCACGGACUAGUUCAAACGUUUCCUUUGACUCUCUCUCUCGCACAUCCUUUGUCUCACCAUUAAUCUGUCUCCUGCAUCUGUCUGUUUCUCAGCUUCAGUGUGAUCCGAGUGCUCUGCUGUUUCUUUAUGAAAACUACCAAGUCUGUGGGUCUCACAGCAGCUCUGCCUUGGAGUGCCCUUUGGUGUCUUAAAUCUUAAAAUGCUGUUUAUAUAUUUUUUUGUUGUUUCAUUUUUUGCCUUGUUUAUUUAUCAUGUGUUGAAUAAGAUAGUAAACUGAGGUGAAAAAAAAAACAAAAAACAAUCAAAAGAAAAGCUGCCAUAGACUGCGUUGCUCUUAAUUUUGACAUUCAAAAAAAGCUGAAGAAUGUCCUUGAAGUCAUUGUCUUUGUUGCAACUGGUAGAAAACAUAUUCUGUUUGAAAGGUGUAGUUGUAGAAGAAGUGAUGGUUGCAUGUCACACAUCCACAUUAUUCUGACAAUUGAGAGUGAUUUCCAAAAGAUAUACAGUACUGUAAGCUGAGGUAAAUAAAAGAAACCGCAAUGUAUUUAUUGUAUUUUUAUUUAAUGAAACCCUCUUGAAAGACCACGUGGUAUGCAUGUAGUACCUAUGUUUUAAAUCAAAUUAUAGAAGAAAUAUAUCUGAUGCUAAUAUUUUGGUUACAGUCCAUUAUAAAUUAUUCAAGUCUCAAGUGCAGUACCUUGCAGACUUUAACACAUCUCCCAAAGAUAAUAUAUGAUAUACACACAAAGCUAAUGACACUAAUGUCAUAAAGAGGUCAUCCUGCUAAACAAAAUAACUUCCCCCCGUACUUUUGGAAGAACAUUGUGUUGCACAUGAGAAAAGGAAACAAGUACUCUACGAUGAGUAUAUUUUGUGAGUAAUUCAUUUUUGAAGUAGUGGGCUACAGAGAUAAAAAGUUUGGUAAAUAGUACAAGGGAUGAAAUGUGUCAGUGUGGCUGGUGUGUGUCUCGACUGUGAAUGAGACGAUCAGCAUUCAGUUCUCACGCCCCUCCCCGUCACACUGGCUGCUUUUACAUGUUUGCAGAGCUGACGGCAACUGCACAGUGGGCCGCGAGUGCACUCUAAUGCCAGCAGAGUGCCAGCCUACAAAGACCAGCCUCAAAGCAGAUAGUCGAGAAAUAAAACACGUCUGUCAUUUAUUCUGCCCAAUAGUUUCCAGUCCCUCAAAUCCAAUCAGCGCGGCAAUACAUGAAGAUGAAAGAGGGCUUGUUUUUAUCUGCUUGAAUAGGCUUCAGUGAUGCUUUUCAUGCUCCUUAUCUCAUAUUUACUCAAAACCCCUGCUUAUCAAGUUAAAUGUUCACUAAAUGUCAAGAUUGAAGUGGUGUGGCUGCUGCUUUUUUAACAGUAAUUUCUCAUGUUUCUUCUCCGAUGCAGUUACUUAUAAAAUACCUCAGACAGCACACUUUUGUUUCAUUUUAAAGAAGCACCUGUGUUCUGUCUUGUUUAAGUGAUUCAUCCAGCUCAAACAGUGAAUGUGUUGAAUGAAUACGGCUUUGAGCUAUUAGGAGCUGAAUGUGUGCACUUUUUUUCUGUGGAAAGCAUUUAUGUCUGUAUGGGUUCAGUGAGUGUGGAUGAAUGGGAAAGAACAAAGACUGGGUGUAUAGCAUAUUGAUAGCAGUUGAUCAAGUGUUUCAUGUGGAGCUACAGCACUGAAUAUUGAGUCAUUCUGUGUAUAAUUUAUAACUGAAUUCAUGCGGUUAUGCCAUUUGUGGUGUGUGAAACAGCAUGGUCACAAAAAUUAAAAUAAUCUGAACAUUGUAUUUGCUUUAUAUGCUUAAUGCUCAAGUCUGCUCAUAACAUUGAAUAUUUACACCCAAAAAAGUCUAAUCUGCUUCAUCAGGACAGUGUGAGAGUGGUUUGAAUAUGAUUUUAUUGAUUUGUCCAGUCCAAGAAGUACUCUAGUCCUUUACUUAAGUGAAAGUACUAAUCAAGGUAAAACUACUCCAAUGCAAGUUACUCAACUACUCAAUUGCACUCAAAAUUAUUCUAUACUCAAGUAAAAGGUCAGCAAAAUGUACAUGAAGUAUCAAAGUAAAAGUAGUUGCAAUAAAAUCAUAGUUGUUUAUCAACAUGUUUAAUAUUGUACAUGGCAAAUAAAUAAAUAUAUAUAACUAGAUUGUUACUGAUACUGACUGAAUACUGAUGCAUCAGUGGGUAAACAGAACUUUACUGGCUGAUCGAGGGGGAGCUAGUUUUAACUACAACCAAAUUAAACUAUGUGAGAAGUUCAGAAGUGAAAAAUCUGUUUGGUGGAACACAUCUGAAACCUUGACGAGCUUUGAAGGGAUCACAAGCCAAAAAAUGUUGGACACCACUGGUUUAAUCUAAACAAUGUGUUGUAUUUUAUACAUUUAGCAUAUGUAUUUAAUGUAGGAUUUUAGUCAAUCAGAGUAACACUUUCUGUGUAAAAAGUACUUAAUUUCCCUCUGAACCGUAGUGGAGUAGAGGUAGCAUAAAAUAAUAAUAAAAUGUAUAGUGUUUGAGUAAAUCUUGUUAUUUUACUGCUAGAUUUGAUUGACAGCCGCCAGUCACUGUCAUCUCACCAGCUAUCAUCAGAUUUUGAUUCAAAUUAAUCCUGAUUGGUGCUCAGAAGAAUGUGAUCCCAUUUUUCCAUCUGAGCCCCACUCACUUUAUCCCAGUCAGUAGAGCACCAGAACCUCAAACACAUAAAGUGACAUUUCCUUGUAAUGGAGUUUUUUUCUUUUUUAACAAAGGCCUUUUUUACUCAUUGAAAAGUCACAGCAGGAAAAUAUUAAAAUUAAUGAUGGCUGAAUUCCAUUUAGCUGCUUCAGUUUUCAGGUCCUGUUAUUUUCAUUAAUGUUUAUAGCAACACAUGUUCCCUUCUUACUAUGUCAAGUAAAAAAGUAUGCUGUGCAAACUCUAUAGCUGUUAUAGACCCCAGGAAUAUUUCUUUUUAAAGUGGUUAUUUCCACUUUAUUUCUGAACUGCUUUUAAUAGGCUAAAUCAAAAUGUAGCACUGCUGUGGGAAUGAUACUGCUCCCUAUGACAGAUGGCAUCAACGCAGCAUGAGUAGAAGUGCCAUAUAGCUAUUAAUGAAACCCUUCUUUUGGUGCUCUAAAUGUGCUGAAGACCAAUACCCAAGUUUUAUAUGUAUAUGUAUAUAUACACACAUAUAUAUUCGGGCUUUCCCUGACUAAAGUUUUUUCUAAUCGACUAGUAAUUGUUACAUCAAGACUUCAGUAGACAUCAACGGUUUAUGAUAAUAAUUGAAUUAUUUAUAUUUUUAACAGGCACCUGUGAAAUGAUAUUGGCAAAAAUGAUAAUGAAUCUGAAUGUGUCAACUAGCAAAAAGGCUGAACAUUUAGAUCAUUUAUUUCAGCACAAUAUAACAUCGCACAAAUUGCGUUGUUCAAAACACAGAAUAAGUAACUUCCACCUUCACAAAAACAAAUACUUGGGGAUUUAUCAACACGAUGGAUGAUGUGCAAUGUUACCUACAAAUCAACUCGCUACAGACUAAAGAAAAGUGGGUCGACUAAAGCCUUAUCUCAACGGUUGAGUCAACUAUUAGGGGACAGCCCUAAUAUAAUAUAUGUAUGUAUGUAUAUAUCCAUGCAUACGUGUGUGUGAGUUCUGGAAAAUUGAGGAAGGGAUUGCUGUCUGCUUAAAAACUCUGAGCUGUAGUGCUUGAUGAACCGCUGGGAGCUAGACUGCAUUGCUGUAUUAACUUUAUAUGAAGGAGCAGCUGAAGGAGUAAGAAAAGUUGGAACAGCAGGAAAAGGAAAAGGGUGCAAAAUAUAGUACAAGCAAUGAAAGUUGUUGAAAUUAGUGUUUUGGUGUAAGGACUUAAAUGAGCUUAAGUGUACAGAGAACGAAUUGAGGUGUCUUUGUUAGAAUGAGGUAAAACAGCUGAGGUCUAAGCCCAAUAAGCACUGCAAUUAUCUGCCGUGCACUAGAAGGAGAUGAGGAGUUUGGGGGGGGGGUGUCUAUGUUCUUUAUUGUUAUACUAACACCUGUGUUGUGCUGCAGUAAAGCCUUCUGUGAGAUAAAGGUGACAGAUCGGUCACUCACUAGAGAUUCACAUGGGAGGCAGGGAGCGAUGAAAGGAGCUGAACAGCAUUUACACUAAUAUAUGUUAAAUCUUUUGUAAAUAACACCUGUGUUUAUCUGUAAUAAAACUACUGCGACACCAGAGAGAUCAGAGAGUGAAGUCUAAUAUGCAGCCCUUAAUCGGCUGUGUGUAAUUAAAGGUUGCAAUGGUGGCGGUAACUGCUGAGUGACUCCUGGGUCAAACAGUUCAUUUAAUGCAGAUUAAGCUAAGAGGCACUACUCAAACUCUAUAUUUCUCAUGGAGCGUAAUUCCUAUCGCUCAGUUUUUUAUAUAAUGAAAGAGAGUGGUCUCUGCUGAAUCCACUGCUGUAAAAUAUGCGUCCAGAGUGUUAAAAAAACAGUCUAUUUCUGUUUUAAUCCUACAAUUCCAGAUCCCAGUUAACAUAGCAGUCAGUUGGGCAGUUGGAUGGCUCUCUGUCAAUUUGAAACUCAUAGCGCAAAAUGUAUGUCCGUCUGCUUAGAUAGUUACAUUGUUUGCAAGAAUAUAUUUUUUUUUUUUUACAGUUUGAUGAAAAAUUAUGUAUGCAGUGAAAACUGUAAGAGUAAGAGAUUAAACUGUUGCCCAGCAAGCCCACCACUUAAGUUAAAGCCAUUUACUGUACAUCCAUCGCCAUGACAUAAUCAACAACAUGUAGAUAGAAAACUCCCAUUUAAAGGGUGAAAUCUUAUCAAGUUAUGAGCAAAUCUUUUACCGAGGUCAGGGUUCAUUUCUCAGACACCAUGGCCACUCUCUGUGCUAUGAUUCAUCUAUGUCAGCCCUCUCUGUGUAUUCCCUGUCUGAACACAGAAAUUAUGUAAGGCAGUUCAACUGCUGAAUAAUUAUAAAUAAAACAAGAGUAUACUGUUCAAAUGUAUUAUUAUUUAUUAUUUCUAUGACUUUUCUCUUAAUGUUUGUUUUCACCAUGACGAUGGUGUAAAAAAGGAAAAGGAAAAGAAAAAGAUGGGGAAAAAAAGCCAACCUGGAUUAUGCACUCAAAAUUUGACAUUCCCAGAAAAGUGUGACAUGCUGCUUUGCUAAGGGAGCUUAUUUAUUUAUCUAUGUUUUAUUAUUUAUUCUGCGACUCCAUGAACAUGAGAUGAUUUCGCUAUAUUUAUUUGUUAGUUUUUAUAACUUCAGUUGUUGCUAAAGAAUGGCUUUGCCUGAUUGAAAAUACCAGUAUUACCAACACCUCAGUGAUAAUGGAAGAGAGCUUUCUUAGUGUAAGAAUUUCUAUGUACAUGUUAAAAGUAUUGUGAUGAAAUGAACAGUCUAAGAGCCUUUUGGCGUGUAAUAUUUAAUCUGCCAUUUUUCUUGUCAGACCUAAAAAAAAUGAGUGAAUUCUGCUUAAGAUAUAAGAAAUAAAUGCAUUGAAUGGCCAUGA